GUCCCAAGCGCCACUGUUCUUUGCUAAACCUCAGCGCUCCGAUCCCUUGGGACUAACCGCUCGAAAUCUCUCUCUAGAACUCUACUUCUCACUCAUCAAGAUGUCUAAGCUUUUCGUUGGUGGCCUGGCCUGGCACACCACUGAUACGACCCUUCGCGAAGGAUUCCAGAACUACGGAACCGUCGAGGAAGCUGUCGUUGUCAAGGACCACGAUACUCUCCGUAGUCGUGGCUUUGGGUUCGUCCGAUUCGCGAACGAGGAGGAUGCCGACAAGGCGAUGGACGCCAUGAACAACCAGGAAUUCGAUGGCCGUAUUAUCCGGGUCGACAAGGCUUCGGAGCGGCCCCGCGGUAACGUCGGAGGCGGUGGUGGUGGCGGUUUCCACGGCCGCGGCGGCUACAACCAACGUGAAGGAGGUAACGGAGGUUACCGUGGUGGAUACGGUGGUGGCGGUGGCUACGGUGGUGGCGGUGGUAACUGGCGUAGCCCCAACCAGCAACAGCAGUCAUACGACCCGAACCAGGCCGAUGCUUAAGUGCGUGCGUGUGUGCAUGUCGAACCCCAGAACCUGUCUUGCACUCUCCCUCCUUCUCCCCUGACUGUUUAUUUCAUGCAAACCCUGCUUGUGGGCCUUUCAUUAGUCCUCAUCCAGGCAGAGAUGUG